AUGUCCACCAAAAACCUCUCGCUGAUCUUCACCAAGAUCCCCGAGGCGUUCCCCGUGCCCGGCGAACACCUCACAGUCAAGGAUGUAGGGUUCGACCUCUCGCAACCAGCGCCGCCCAACGGCCUGGUGCUGGAGACGCUCUACGUCUCGUUCGACCCGUACCUGCGCGGUCUGCUCCGCGACCCCAAGAUCCCAUCAUACAUGCCGCCGUUCCCGUUGAACGGGCCGGUCGUGGCGGCGUCGCUGUCCAAGGUACUCAAGUCCAACGACCCGGCGUUCCGCGAGGGCGACAUCGUGCAGGACAGGCUUCCAGUGCAGCAGUACAACGUGUGGCAACCGUCCGAGUCGAGCCCCGCGAAGCCGCGCAAGAUCGACCCCAGCGCCGGGCCCGAAGAUAUCCGCCACUACCUCGGGGCGCUGGGCAUGCCCGGCCUGACCGCCUACUCGUCGCUCUAUGAGAUCGGCAAGCCGAAGAAGGGCGAGACCAUUGUCGUCACCAGCGCCGCGGGCGCCGUCGGCCAGUUGGUCGGCCAGCUCGCCAAGCACGAGGGCCUGAAGGUCCUGGGCAGCGUCGGCAGCGACGACAAGCUCGAGUUCAUCACCAAGGAGCUCGGCUUCGAUGGCGGCUGGAACUACAAGAAGGAGAAGUCGACCAAAGAUGCCAUCAACCGUCUCACGGACGGCAAGGGCAUCGAUAUCUUCUACGACAAUGUCGGAGGCGAACAGCUCGAGGGGGCUUUCGACACUUUGAACCUGUUUGGCCGGAUUGUCGAAUGCGGCCAAAUCAGUCAAUACAACCUCCCACCCGACCAGCGCUAUCCGAUCCGCAACACGUUCCAGACCGUAGCAAAGCGGAUCACGAUGACAGGAUUCAUGGUCGGCGACGCCAACAUGGGGCCUAAGCACUUCCUAGAGCAUCAAAAGAACGUCGGCACCUGGCUCAAGGAUGGCAGCUUCAAGGCUAAGAUCCACGAGUGGCAGGGCAUGGAGAAUGCCGCCGAUGCUUUCGUCGGUAUGUUGAAGGGCGAGAACUUCGGCAAGGCCGUGUUGAAGGUCAAAGUGUAA